AUGUGUCCGGGAACCGUGAAAUUCGUGGCGUCAUGUGUAUGGCGAGUGAACAGCGAUCGGCGGAGAGACGCGAUGGUAGCUGGCGGAAAGACGCAGAGACCCGGCUUCGAGGCCAGGGCUGGCCCGCUGGCGGCGGGCAAGUGGAGGCGCGGGGCUUGUGGUGUGCCGUGGGAGGGGCGGGGCGGUGCCCUGGGGCUGGCGCUAAGCGCAGGGCGACUCUGCGCUGUGGGGCAGGGCAGGUUGCGGGGCGGGGCGCCCUGGGGGCCUGCGCUGCGCGGGGCCGGGGUCGCGGCGGGCGGAGAAGGCGGCGGGGCGCGGAGGCCGGGCUUCGAGCCCUGGGGCUGGCGCUGGCGGUUGGCGCUAGGGCGCGGGCGUCGUGUGUGUCGCGUGGAGGGGCGGGGCCCGCCCGUGCGCGGGCGUGCAGUGGGCGCUGGGGGCGUGGCUUGGGGCGGGGGCGGGCGGUGGGGCGUGGUGGACCUCGGGCGACGGCCCGCGCUGGCAGCGCCCUGCACGCCGCGCCGCGGCGCCGCUGCUGCUGUGGCGCCUCUGCCGCGCUGUGGACGCCGCACCGCGCCCGCGUGGCUGGAGACGGCAGGGGGCGAUCCGUGCCUAGCGGCCUCACGCGCCACGACAACUCCUCGCCGACGAACUCUUGCGCAGCUUGCCCAUAAGAGACAAAGGAGCGGCGGGAGGCGAGUGCCUGCGUGCGGGGCGGCGGCGUGCUUGGCGCGCUGUGGCAGCGCCACCAGGCUUCCGCGGGCUGCUGCUGCGCGAACGGGAGGGGGCGGGGCGCUGGUGGGCGGCUGGCCAUCGAUGUUCAGGGAGCUGGCUCACCCCGUUGAGGCAUGCGCGCGCGAGGCCAAGGCGCUGGCGGACUGCGAUGCGGACUGCGAGACGCACUGCGAGGCGUACUGCGAGGCGGACUGCGAGGCGGAAUGCGAGGCGGACUGCGAGGCGGGCUGCGAGGCGGAAUGCGAGGCGGACUGCGAGGCGGAAUGCGAGGCGGACUGCGAGACGGACUGCGAGGCGGACUGCGAGACGGACUGUGAGGCGUCUGCGAGACGGACUGCGAGGCGGACUGUGAGGCGGACUGCGAGGCGGACUGCGAGACGGACUCUGCCGGCGUGGUCGCUGCCGCUGCGCGUGUUCUCCCCGCGCAUCUGGCUGGCGCUGCUGGGGGCGGCGGUGGCGUACGCGCUGGCUCGCUGGCCGCCAGCGCCGCCGCCGCGCUGCGCGCCUUCUCCUCGGUGCGCGCCACGCCGCAGCGCCUGCAGCUGGCCGCCGCGCUGCUCGCCUCCGCCGUCGUCGUCGCCGCCGCCUACCAGUUGCAGUAUAGUUGAAUCGCUGCUGUCGAUUUGCGCGUCGAUCGGGUGGCAUUGCUGA